UCCAAAUCUACUGAAGUUUCUCCAUUUUCCUAAUAUGCAAAACAUACAAAGACAACUUGGUAACCAAUACAUUUAAUUUGUAGUUUUAAGAACACUGACAUAAACAUGUCUCCACGCAAUACUUCAUCAUAUUGAUCUCUUUGUACAUGAUUGUUACACUUCCCCAUCUGUCAAGGGGUUUGAAGGCUGCUAAGGAGAGUCUUAGUCAUGCUGCUAAUGGAGCUGAAGGUGGCGCUGUCUGGGAAUGACUGGAGGAAGUCUUUACCUUGUUCGACACUGGCACUCAACUGAGGAUCCAAGGGCACGGAACCUGGAUGGAAGACCAUGGUCAAAUGUAAUUUUCAAAUUCUAAUUGGACUAUUGCCAACAUGCAUUUUCCCUUAAACUCACCAAGGAAAGGUGACCCUAUAAGUUUGGCUAACUCUUCACCACCACCUUUAGAAAAUAUAUUGCUGCAUUCCUUAAAAAAAAAAAAAAAAAAAAAAACUAGUCAAAAUAGAUGGGGGAUGGACUGACAAAAGGAUGAAAUUGCACUCACUGAGCAGUGCGGGCAAACGAAACCACUCAUGUUUUCUACGAUUCCGAGGAUGCGCACUCCGGUUUUUUUGCAGAAAGUUGCUUCUCUCCUGACAUCCCCUGUGGACACCGCCUCCAAGACAACCACAUUUUCGAUUAUUUAAGAGUCUUAAUAUUAAGACAUGGGAAGGGCAACAAAACAAAACAAAUAUCAGGUCAUACAUAAUAUGUUCUUGUACCUGAGGUGUGGUGACCAAAACAGCCCCGUCCACUUUUUUAUGCUUCUUGAGGUUCUCCAAUAUGGCCAAAUGUUCAUCAGAUGUCCCUGGGGGUGUAUCCACCAGCAGCACAUCCAGCUUACCCCAUGCUACGUCUGACACAAACUGACCAAUCAUUGCUAAAAGGAAGAAAAUGGCCAAUGGGAUUAAGUGAAAAAAGAUUUCUGCGAACGAAUCCUUGUAGAUUUACGCCACCGGUUUUCUUGGGCCCCCUCCACACAACUGCUUCAUCUGGGUCGUCCAGUAGAAAGCCAAUGGACAUGAGUGCGAGGCUUUUCUCUGCGUCUGCAUAGACGGGCACCCAACCUGAGUCACACUGAUGCACGUUUGCACGAUCCAUGUUCAGCAUUCGCGGGAUGCUUGGCCCGCAGAGGUCUACAUCCAGGAUGCCAACCUGAUGAAAAAUGAAAUUUAAUAUACAAUAGAGGAUGGGGAAAAUGUAGGUAAUUUAAAAUGUUGUAUGAUAUGUUUUAACUUGUUUAUUGGGUAAGGAAAUAACACCAGCCUUUUUCCCAGCAUGCCUCAGUGCCAGAGCAAGUUCUGCAGUGAUUGUGCUCUUUCCCACACCUCCUUUUCCGGACAGAACCAAGAUGACGUGCUGUACUUCGGACAGGCUACUGCUCUCUAUGAAGAAAGGAAGUGCAUCCAGUGGAUUCAGUAAUUGGAGUGACAAAGUACAAAAGCCCAUUGUAAAGUUGAGCUUUGAUUUUAGAAAGCUGCUAUUCCAAAAGAAACCAUUUUACAGUGUCCAUGCUGAGAAGGGGACGGAGCGGCCGGCCUCGGCCUUCGGCCUUGAGCGAAACCCAGCACACGAUGGACUCGCGGAUGAUUGAUUCGAUGAUGUCGAUAUCAGCUGAAGCAGAAGAAUGGGAAAGCCAGACAACAACGCAGAUCAGUGACGUGGAGGUUGAGGUGGAUCACCUGACGAACUCACAGACCACCUCUGAGCUGACGGAAGCAGCGGCCCCUUCCAGCCUGGCGCCUGUGCUUGGGGAGUCUUUCUGCCAGUGUGCCUGCGCAGACGACCCGAAUGCGGGCUUUGGUAUCAGCACCGAGUGCCUCUGUGGGGAAGACGAAGAUGACUUCGACUGGGUGUGGGACGAGCGCUUAAAGUCGUCUGGCGCCUUCCUCAGCUGCGACGAACGCAAGGUGAGCUUCCACUCGGACUACAGCUGCGGUACCGCCGCCAUCCGCGGCACCAGAGAGCUCACCGAGGGGCAGCACUUCUGGGAAAUUAAGAUGACCUCACCAGUCUAUGGAACUGACAUGAUGGUUGGAAUUGGAACUGCAGAGGUGAACCUGGAGAAGUUCAAAUAUAACUUUGGCAGCCUUUUGGGUCACGACGAGGACAGCUGGGGGCUCUCUUACACAGGUCUCUUCCAACAUAAAGGUGAGAAAGUUAAUUUCUCCUCACGGUUUGGUCAAGGCUCUAUUAUCGGGCUGCAUUUGGACACGUGGCACGGUACUUUGACUAUCUACAAGAAUCGACACUGCGUAGGUGUGGCGGCCACAAGGCUGCAGAACAAGAAACUCUACCCCAUGUUGUGCUCCACUGCGGCCAAAAGCAGCAUGAAGGUGAUCCGCGCCUGUUACACGCCCACCUCCUUGCAGUACCUCUGCUGCACGCGUCUCCGCAAAAUACUCCCCACUUCCGCCGAUGUACCGUCCGUCCUGGAGCUGCCUCCGGGCCUGUGCUCUCUCCUGCGCCGGCGGCUCGGCUGGGUGUUCUCAGUCACACCAGCAGAGGGGGGCGCCAGCCCCCCGUCUGAACCAGUCCUCAGUGCCUACCCCAGCCCAGUCCCAGAAGCUUGUUUUGAAUCGUCGUGCUCCCUACUCUGCACUCCAAUGCCUCCCAGCAGCAGCGACGACAACGAUGACAGCCCCGGGCCAGAAGAUCAUCAGAGUAAAAGAUGUCGCUGGAUAUGAUACCUGUGAAUCCAUGAGUAUGUUGCAACUAUUCAGCCACAGAUAAACACUGAACUCAAUCUGACAGUGACGACGUCAUGUGUAGCAGAGAGCUUCAUGAGUCUGUAAUGAAUGUAAGUGACAACAGAUUAGACUUCAAAAAAUGUGGGGGAAUGAUGAUUAGACGCAAGGAAAAAGGGAAAUACUUUUUGAUACUAUGUAAAGAACGUUUUAUAACAUUUCACUUUCUUACUUGGAAAAUCCUUCAAAAUAAAAACCAAAAGACAAAAACAUGGCCAUACGUACAUUAUUCAGGAAAGAAUCGUAAUCAAGCCAUGAUUCAUGAACUCUACUUACGUCCUGAAAUGGUGUAAACAUGAUAACCAAGGUAUACUUUUAGCUUGGUGACAACAUGUGUCACAUGAUACCAGCUAGUUAACAGUCUAGAACCCUCAAUAACAAGUCAACCAUUUUGAGUUAGUCCAGAACCAGUUCAGGGUUCUGAGUGGUGAGACAGCGGUAAACUCUGGUGGAAAUCUCUGGUCCGACACGCCUGUCUUUGCCUUCCCCUUUCACCACCAGAUUGGCCAACAGCUUCUUUUUGUCCUCCUCUGAACUCAGGGCUUCAUAUGCCUGAAAUACAAAAAUGAAAACAUUGAUCUGAACUUGGAUAUUCAGCAGAAUCAAAGUGGACCCAUGACUAAACUAUUCCCCCAUCCUUCCUGCCACCUCAUCUAAUUUUACAAAUCAAAUAAGUUCUUUGAGUAAAAAGACUCUCUUCCUGAUUGAGACGUACCCGCAGUAGCAGUUGAGGUGACGGAUAGGCUGCUGUCACACAGGAGGCGGUAGCCUGACUAACUCUGUUGAGCUGCUGGAUCUGCUUGGUCCACACCUGCUUGAGGCCAGAGCCAUCCUUCUCCACCCGUGCCCCGCUAGCCCAUGAGCCGUCCACGCAGAAUGGCAGCUCCGGUUGCUCCGUGAGCAGCCUGCCAGGUCAGACGACAGCUGAAUGUUUGUAGUUACAAUAGUUCCCACUUUUGGACAAACUUACUUAAAAGGGCGUUUGGACAAGGCCUUGGUGACGGCGCACACGUGAUCUGUAACUUCUUGCCAGCCCUCAAGAAAGACGACAGAUGUGUUUUUGUACAGCUGCAGGUAGACGAGAACCUGGAUGGAGACCAAAGGACACAUUCCGUUUUUGUGGGUUUUGAGCACCAACAGGAGCUGAUUCUACUGACCUCCUCAACAUCCAGAUCCUUUCCACCAUAUUUGGAUUGGAUUGAGUCACCUGUCGCAUGAGCCUGUUUCCUGUCAGUCAGAAGCGUGUAACACAGGUGUCAAAUUGGCACACCGUACUUGAUGGAAACAAAAGUAACUGAAAGAUAAAAAUUACAAAUAUGUGUAUUUUAGUGGCACCUGCAAUGUGACUGGUGCUCGGUUACUAAAACAGUGAGCUUCUUCACAGAAUCCUGAUUGAGAGAAGAAUCCAAACCUGGUUCCUCCUCUUCACUGUCAAUCAUCUGUAGUAGCAACGUAAAAAGUUCAACAAAACCAUUGUUAGUUCUUCAUUAAUUCAAAAUCAUGUACGAUGAAAACCCACUCUCUAACAAAUAUAUUUUAUAUUUAGGGCUGCAGCUAUAGAUUAUUUUAGUAGUCGAUUAAUCGAUGAACUAGUUAGUUCGAAUAAUCGAGUAAUCGGAUAAGGAACAUGAAAAAAAAUACCUGAGGUGAGCCUCAAACGGUAUAGAAAAAUAAAUAAGGAUCUAUGUACAACAAAAGAACAAUUGGCUAACUUACAUAGCAUAACGCCGCUAGCUUAAAUGCUACAAAACGCUCUUGACAAAUGGUCCACACACAUAUUCCUACAAAAAAAAAUUGCUAAAUAGACAUAGAAACUAAAUAACGAAUGCAUAAAAAAAACAUUAGCUCAAACAAAAACUUAUGUUGGUCUUAACAUGGAGCAGCUGGAUUCAACCAUGUGAAAUGAGGCAGACUAGAGGGCAGUGUAUCCACCCAAAUCAAUAAAAAUUAAUACAAACACUUUUAAAAUUGACCAUUACAACACCACUUUAAUUAAACGAAUACUCGAAGCAGCAAAAUUUAAUUCGAAUCUUUUUUCCUAAUCAAAUCCUCGAGUUAAUCGAUUAAUCGUUGCAGCACUAUUUUUAUUUUUUAAACCAUCCAACAUUCUAUUACUAGUAUAACGAGGGUUUUUCCAGUGUAAAAAGUCUAACUGCAUUUUUUUACUAUUAAAACUUAUGUUCAAUUUGAAAAAUCCAAAAUUCAAUGUCCUAUUCAGGUUCAAACUUACUCCAGUCAAUGUCAAAUAUACAGCAGAAAAUUUGCUAUCAGAAAUUAUGCGUUUUGACAAGGGCUGUCAAAAUGAUCUCGUUAACGGACGGUAAUUAAUUUUUUUAAUUAAUCACGUUAAAAUAUUUGACACAAUUAACGCACAUGCACUGCUCAAACAGAUUAAAAUGACAGCAGAGUGUAAUGUCCGCUUGUUACUUGUUUUUUGGUGUUUGGCGCCCUCUGCUGGCGCUUGGGUCCAAUUGAUUUUAUGGCUUUCAGCACCAUGAGUGAGCAUGGUGAAAUUAUUGACAUCAACAAUGGCGAGCUAUUACUUUAUUUUUUGAUUGAAAAUUUGACAAAUUUUAAUAAAACGAAAACAUUAAGAGGGGUUUUAAUAUAAAAUUUCUAUAACUUGUACUAACAUUUAUCUUUUAAGAACUACAAGUCUUUCUAUCCAUGGAUCGCUUUAAGAGAAUCUUAAUAAUGUUAAUGACAUCUUGUUGAUUUAUUGUUAUAAUAAACUAAUACAGUACUUAUGUACCGUAUGUUGAAUAUAUAUAUAUAUCCGUCUUGUCUUACCUUUCCAUUCCAACAAUAAUUUACAGAAAAAUAUGGCAUAUUUUAGAGAUGGUUUGAAUUGCGAUUAAUUACGAUUAAUUAAUUUUUAAGCUGUAUUUAACUCGAUUAAAAAAUUUUAAUCGUUUGACAGCCCUAGUUUUGACACCAAAUUUGUGACUUUUUAUCAGAUAUUUGAUUAUAUAAUUAAUUGCCCUCCAAAAUCCUUCGAUAGGCAAAUUUGCGCAAAUAUGUAGAAGUAAACAUCAGUAUUUUUUAUACUUAACCUACUGGAUUUUUCCAUUGUAAAAUAUAUGCCUUGGCUCAGUAAAGGUUGAAAAGCACUGACCGGCCUAAAACAAAAUAAGAUGAGAAUAGAAACUUACUUUUUUUACAGAGAUUACCAUGUCUAAGAAUUCAGAAGGUCCAAUGACCUGCACCAGCUGGUCUUCUACAUCUGUUGCUGACACGUCAUCAGACAGCUGGAGACAUUAAAGAUGUCAAUUAACACAGUGGACAGAUGUAUAAAAAUUAAUCUGGAAAGUUAAUGGAGGCAUACUUAGUUAAAGCAAAUAUAAAGGGGUUGGACAAAAUAAUGGAAACACCUUUAAAAAAAAAAAAAAAAAAACUAGAGUAUAGCCAAAGAUUUUACUCAAGUAGGAGUAGCAUUAAAUAAUAUUACUCUAGUAAAAGUAGACAUCCAAAAAUUUAAUCAAGUACAAGUAAAAAAGUAUUCGUUGAAAAGAAUACUCAGGUAAUGAGUAACAUUGUGAGUAACUGCUUACAAUGUGUUAUUUUAAAUAAAUGUUUUAUUCUCAGCACAACAUAAUCUUUGUGAACCGUCAUUAUUAUUAUUAUUAUUAUUAUACUGUAUUAAAACCUAUUACAUGACCAUAUGACGCCAAAAAGAUACACAAAAAUCAUCGAAUUCAGACCAGAACAACAUAGAAACAUUCCCCGUCUAAAGAGCAUGAGUGCCCUCUAGCGGAGAAAAACAUUGCUACCACUGAUUGGUAUAAUGGAGUCAUGUGGUUAUUGUUGCGACCUCUUACUGGCGAAACUGAGACAGCCACCGUCAGCAUCUUUGGCAAUAAUAAAGUCAAUAUGGAGAACAAAGACUGAAAAUGUAACGACUCUAGAGUAGCCCAAAGUAGUGGAGUAAGAGUAGUGUUUCUUCAGAUCUACUCAAGUAAAAGUAAAAAGUAUUGUGUGAUAAAACUACUCUAAGUAGUAUAUUUUUCUCAAGAAGUUACUCAAGUAAAUGUAACUGAGUAAACGUAAUGCGUUACUACCCAUCUCCGGGCGUAGGUCCGCCUUUUGCGGCAAUUACAGCCUCAAUUCUCCGAGGCAUUGAUUCAUACAACUUGUGAAUUAUUUCCAAAGGAAUUUUAAGCCAUUCUUCAGUUAGAAUACCCCCUAACUGUUUUAGAGGCGGUGAAAAUGAACAUUUUAAUUGAAUCUCUAAAACUCACCAUAAAUGCUCAAUAAUGUUGAGGUCUGGGGAUUGUGCCGGCCAUGCGAGAUGCUCAACUUCUUUAGAAUGUUCCUCGUGCCAUUCUUUAACAAUUAUCUUCAAUGAUUAUGAUGCCAAAAUGUUAGGUGUUUCCAUUACUUUGUCCAACCCCUGUUAAUAGGUACCUGAGGUAAAUCCCUGGUCCAUGUGAUGCUGUUAGGAAGGGGUUGUUUUUGGAUGCUGUACUGCCAUUCAAAAGAAGACACUGUGCCAAGCAGGACGUCAGAGCCUUUCUGUUGAAGGAGAGCUGGAAACCAAGAAUGUGGCAGCUGAGCAACUGGGUGAAAUUGUAUAUUUACCUGUACUCUUCAAAUCCCACUCACCAUCCUUGUCACUAAAUGAAAAUUCCAUGGAACAAAUACCUACCUGGAUCUAUGCAGAGAGUCAAACAUUUAAGAUAGUUUUCAGGCUUGAGAUUGUUGAGAUGUUGUGCAGCUUCUUUCCUUCUCUGUACCUCCUUCUUCUUCUCCAGCUUCUCUCGCUCCUUCACAGCUCGGAUCUUCUCUCGAGCCUCCCUCCGUAACCUGACUUUCUCCUUUUCCGCCUCGAUCUCCUCUUUGGAACGGCGUUUUUUCGGUGGACUUGGCAGUUCAUAAUCAUACGAUGGUGGUGGAACUAAAACGUUUUUAGCAGCCAAAUUGUUGGACCCUUCAUCAAGUAUUAAAUCGCCGAUACCUUCAACUUCCGUAUCCGAAUCUGAUAUUUCCCAUACGGUAGACGUAGGCACCGUGGACAUACUACUUGUUCAAGAUUUCCCGAGAAUUCGUUAUAGUUUAGUAAGUCCCGCCAAUCGGUUAUGAUACUUAUUUACAUUCUGCCUCCAACAGUGUCUGCUGAGGGUCAUGUAGGCAAAAGGCGUGUGACGGUAUUUGUUAAGGGUCAAAUUAAAAAAAAAAAAAAAAAAAAAAAA